AUAGAAUCGAAAUAUUCAUUGAAUACAGGUGAAAUAAUUAGACCAAAUUUUUUUGAAAUACCUGAUAAUCAAAGUGAUAAUAAAUUGAUUAAUAAAUAUCUAUUAACAUUCAAUACUAAACUAAAAGUUUUUUAUGCCGUAUUGAAUAAAAUUAAUCAUACAAAUGUAAAUGUUGAUUGUGAUUUUUAUCAAGGAAGAAUUAUAUCACCUGUUUCAAAUGGUUUUAUAGCUGCAACAAUUUGUAUGGAUAAUUUUAAUCAAUCAAUUUUGUAUUCAACAAUCAUUUUGAAUGAUGAAACAUUUGUGAUAAGAUCAUCAAUCGAUAAACAAAUAUUUGUCAAUAGAUCAAUCAAUUUAAAUGAUUUCAAUAUCAACACCAAGAAUGACAAUAAAGUUUGUUGUUCAUCAUUCGAAUCACAAUCAAUACAACAACAACAACAACAACAACAAGAUGGAUGGAAAAUGAAAAAAUUUGAUUCACAUUAUCUGUAUCGUUUUUCAAUCGAUACAGAUAAAUCAUGGAAUAUUGUAAAAAAAGCUGAUCCAGAAAAAUUAAUCGAUUUGAUUGAUCAAGCAACAACAACAAUUACCAAACGAGAUAUACAUUCGGAUAUCAAUGAAAAACAAACAAAUUUACCGGAUAAAAUAUAUAAUAUUGAGACAAUAAUUUUUGUUGAUCAAACAUUGAUUAGAAAUUUUAAUGGUGCAAGAAAAGAGCUAGAAAAAUUAAUACUUGCUAUUAUGAAUGAAGUACAAUUAAUUUAUAAUUUUGAUACAAUGAAAACAAGAAUACGUAUUGUUAUUAAAAAAAUUGUAUAUCUUGAUGAUAGAAAAACGGAUAUACCAAAUACAGCCGAUGGCGAUAUUGAUCAAUAUUUAGAUAAUUUUUGUGCAUGGCAAAAACGACUUUUGAAACGAACCGAAAUCAAUUCACGUUGGGAUCAUGCACUUAUGUUGACCGGAUUGGAUUUAUAUAAAAAGAUUGGUAAAGAAAAAAAUCGUAAAGUUUUAGGUCUUGCAUGGGUAAAUGGAAUGUGUCGACCAUCAUAUAGUUGUACAUUGAAUGAGGGAAAAAAUUUUGAAUCAGCAUUUGUUAUUGCACAUGAAAUGGCACAUAGCCUAGGAAUGUUACAUGAUGGUUAUGAUAAUAAUUGUGAUCCGGAUAAAUAUAUUAUGUCGGAAAAAACUGGACCCGGAAAAAUUCAUUGGUCACCAUGUAGUAAUUUAUAUUUGGAAAAUUUUCUCACAAAAUCUAAUCUCAAAUGUUUGGAAAAAACAUCGGAAGAAUCAUUUUUUACCUAUACAAGUCCAUUGGAUGAUUAUUUGGAUCAACGUUUACCUGGUGAACAAUAUAAUAUAAAUCAACAAUGUCAAUUAGCAUUAGGAAAUCAAUAUCAAUCAUACAUUUCAAAACGAUCUCCAUUCAAUGAUAUAUGCAAAGAAUUAUGGUGUUCACAUGGACAUUGGGCAUCACCUGCUCAUCCUGCACUUGAAGGUAGUCCAUGUGGUGAUGGUAAAAUAUGUUCACAAGGUUCAUGUACUGUUGUUGCUAUGACAAAAACAUCAAACAAUAGAUCUAUAUCAUAUCUAAAUCGACAUAGACAACAACCCAAUGAUCAUCAUCCGGAUAAUAAUAAUAAACAAAACAAAGAAAAUAGCCGUACAAAUUCAAGCCAAUCACCAUCAUCAUUUAUGAAACGUGUACAACGAUUCCUUAAAAGUACCAUAAGAUCAGUAGUGAGAUUUUUUUCCGGUUAAUUUUUAAUUUUAAUUUUGUUUGUUUUUUCUGUUUUA